AUGUUUGGUUUUGUAUCGGAUGAGAUGCCUUGUUGGAUGUUGUGUCUGUCAUUCAGUUGGCAGUGGGUGACUGAAGUGGCCACGUCAACCAAUGGCCACGACCCACAACGUAGAGCACCCACCCCGUUGGCGAAGACGACAACAAGUGCAUACGACGACACGACAACGACGCGACUAGUGUUUAAAGGUUCAGUUCAGUCCGGUUUUUUGCCCCGAAAACGCGCAACCGUGGACCGCAACCGGUCCAGGACCGACCCAGAUAUUGAGGGAACCGAACCGAACCACCUAGGACCGGUCUUUUGCGGUCCAUGA